CGCCGACAACAUGGCGAUCGUUGAGUUGGCAGGACUACGGCGGGUUGAGGGCCAGUGACGGCUGGAUUUCACCGCCCGACUCUCCGGUGUCGGCGUCCUCUAGCUGCAUUCCUCUCUUUUUCCUCUGCCAGGGUAGUCAUAUCAGUAGCGGAGGCCGCGGCCAGCCCCCGCUGCUCCUGGCCGAGCCGAGUGGCCCUGCCAGAGGGGUGGCACCUCUAAGCCCGGGACAUCUCGAAGUACUCACACCAUCUCAGCAUGUCUUGGUUCGGGGGCAUUAGCUCGGGACUGGGUCAGGUCGGGGGAAGCCUUUCCUCCCUGACAGAUCAGCUCUCCAGCUUCACCAAGGAUAUGUUGGCAGAAGGCGUCGAGGAAGUGCAAGAUGCUACUAGUGAACUGCAUGCAUCCAAUUCCAAACUGAAGGACAUUGAAACAGCCUACACUGCACAGAAAUCAGAGUAUGAACGGUUGAAAAAACUUUACACGGAUGUAGAAGAGAAAGCGACUGCAGCAGAGCUCCAAAUAAAGCACCUCUCAUCAGAUUAUAGAGCCCAACUACAGCAGAAAGAAGUGACAAUAAAUCUUUUGAAAGCCAAGCAGAUUGCAUUACAAGACCAAGUACAGAAGCUUCAGUCCGUUGCUCAGCCAACACACACAGAAACCAGUGUCAGCACAUCGACAGCCUCUACUGCCUUUUUGCCUGAUGAUGUUCCCCUCCGUGCAACGUUCCAUGAGGACACCAUGGAUUUUGGAGAUGUCAUUUGGUCCCAGCAGGAGAUUAACAGACUUUCCAAACAGGUGUCAAAGUUAGAAACUGAUGUUGCCCAUUGGAAAGCUUUGGCACAGGUAACUAAGAGUCAAGGGACAGUCAGCUCUGAUGAGGAUGAUGUCUACAAGCUGCAAAAGACAAUAGAGGAGGUGAAGCAGCAGCUUAGCCAGGAGAUUGAUGAGCAUCAGCAUGAAUUGUCUACGUUGCAAGACGUACAUCGGCAGAAAAUAAAUAGUCUCACAAACCGACACAGGGAUGAGCUUGCAGAGUACGAGGAGCGGAUAGAAGAACUGGAGCAGCAGUUGCAAGAUGCAGAAAAAGAACAGAAGGGAAUGAAUAACUCUAAAGAUGGUAAGUAUAAUGGACAAGAAGAUAUUCAGGAGCUAAAAGCAAGUCUGGAAUUGUUAAACCAUGAAAAAGAAGAACUACAAAAGGAAAAGGAGGCAAUGCAACAGGAACUCUCAAACCUGCAGAAUAUUCAGAAGAGUGAAUCGGACCUUAAUAGUCUGGCCUUGGAAGUGAGUGAACUGAAGCAGAAUUUGCUGACCAAAGAGAAUGAGCUGUCGGGCAUGUCCAUGCAGAGGGACAGAUUAGUGUCUGAAUUGGAAGAACUGGACAAACAGAAUCAAGAUGCUACUGAACAUUUGAUUAGAUCCAAAGAUCAGCUGACACAGCAGCGAAAAGAUUCCGAAGGAAAGAUCAUGCAGCUGCAAUCAGAGUUGGAGGUCAUCAUGGCUGAAAAGGCAUUAAUGGUGCAAGAGCUGGAAGAGCAGAAGGGCAAGCUGAGCCAGAGUGCUUUUGCACUUAAUGAAUUGCACAUGAGCAAACAACAACUGGACACGAAAGUCAGUGACCUAACAGAGAAGUUAAACAAGUCGCAGGUGGAUAACUUGGAGUUGAAGGCAGAAGCUGCAGAUCUGACAAAGAAGCUAAAGAGUGCAGAAUCACAGCUAGAGGUUGCCAAAAUGGAGUUUGCUGAAGUAGUUCAGCAAACUCCGAGCAGUGCAUGUCAAAAAGGACUACUAGAAGAUAAAGAUCGAGAAAUUUCAGAGCUGAGGAAGCAAAUUAUGGAAACCAGAUCUGUAAAUGAUGAUUUGCAAACAGAGCUUUAUGAUCUCAAAAUCCAAAAUAAAAAACUUGUUGCAGAUAAAGAUGAAGCCAACUUGGCUUUGAAUAAAGUUAGAGGGCAACUUGAGGAAACUGUUUCCAGUAACAGUGAGGCUUCCAAGGAGAAUAGCACCUUGCUGGAGGCAGUGAAAAUGGAAAAAGCCCAGCUGCAGUCUGAAUUGAGCCAGGCUGAGAAACGACUGAAUGAAGAAGCAAAAAAAUACGAGCAAACCAUCAAGGAAUUAACAGAGGCUCAAAGUUUAGAUGCUACGACUUUGCAGAAAGAGCAUAAUCGUUUGAUUAAGACAAUCCAAGAGAAAGAUUUUGAGAUUGAAGAGCUCAAACGCAACAUAGAGCAGCUGGAAGCAGACCAUGAAGAGACCAAAGAGAUGCUGAAAUCUAGUUUGGAGGGACAGCAGCAGUUGACAGAUCUUUUGGAGGAAAAAGAGUCAUUUGUUGAAAUGCUGAAAGCGCGAAGUUCAGAACUGCAGCAAGAAAUUGAAAGGAAUGUAAAGAUUUUAGGGGAAUGUGAGUCUUUGAAGCAAAACCUUGAAGAGAAAGAUCGGCAACUAAGUGUGAUGAAGGAAGAGAACAACCACCUCAAGGAAGAAAUAGAUAGGCUGGGGGACCAACAAAGCAGGACUCAACCUAUUGCUGAACCGAAGACCCUUGAUAUAAUAAUAGAGCUGGAGACAGAAAUAACUGAACUGAACAAUAAAAGGAACAGUCUUGAAGAGGAAGUAAGGCUUCACAAGAAGACUAUUGAGGAACAAAAGCAGAAUGUCCUCCAGCUCCAGCAUUCCAUACAAGAUCGAGUGGAUGAAGCUAAAACCCAGUGUGAGGAAAUCAGUUCAAAAUAUGAAAAGUUAAUUUGUGAGAAAGAUGAUGAAAUCCAUAGCCUUCAGGAAUCCAUCAAUCAGAUGAAAAUGCAAAGAGAAUUUCAGGAUGACCCCACAGAUGCUCCAGUUAUUCUCCAAGAGAUUAAAGUGCAAGCAGUAAAUGGUGAAAAUGGAAAUGAAAAACAUGAUUUGUCUAAAGUGGAGAUUGAUAGAUUAGUUAAUGGUAUAAAAGAAAAAGAAAUGGAGAUAAAGGUACUGAAUGAGAAGAAUGUGUCUCUGAUUAAGCAGUUAGAUCAGUUUACUAUUUUUAAGGAUGAAGUCGUUAAGCUAACCCAAAUCGUUCAACAGAAGAACAUGGAAAUCCAAACUCUUAAUGCCAGGAUAACCUCUGGCACCUAUGGGCAGGCUGGUGCGGACGUGGCCUACUUGCAGCAGCAAUUGCAGGCUUAUGCUAUGGAGAGAGAGCAAGUAUUGGCAGUGUUAAAUGAAAAGACAAGGGAGAACAGUCAACUAAAGACAGAAUACCAUCGGAUGAUGGACAUUAUUGCUGCAAAGGAAGCUGCUCUUUUGAAACUCCAAGAGGAGAAUCUGAAAAUGGUCAAUAAAACUGAAAACGAGGGUCAGGAUAUGAUACGGGAAACAAUCCAGAAUUUGUCUCGGAUUAUCCGCGAGAAGGACAUUGAAAUUGAUGCUCUUAGUCAAAAGUGCCAAACUUUAGUCACUGUUCUGCAGACCUCUGGAAUGGGGGCGAAUGGCGAGUCAGGCCUUGUGAGUAGUAAUCAGUUUGAAGAGCUCUUGCAGGAGCGUGACAAGCUAAAGCAACAAGUGAAGAAGAUGGAAGAGUGGAAACAGCAGGUGAUCACCACUGUUCAAAACAUGCAGCACGAGUCAGCUCAACUCCAGGAUGAGCUCCUUAAGCUUCAGGGCCGAUUGUCUACAGAUGGUGAGUGCAACUCUCGGCUCCAGAUAGACUACAACAGCUUAAUUUAUAGUUAUGAACAAAAGGAAAAGAAGUUGCAGAGCCUAAGCCAGGAGCUUGCAGAGGUCCAGCAAAGCAUCGGGCAACUCAGCAGCACCAAGAAUCUGAUAUUGGGCAAGUUGGAUAGUGUACCAACAGAACCACAAAUGUUGGGAACAAGCACAGGAAUAUUGCAUAUGAAGAAUACUUCCCAUGAAUGUUCAUCAGCAGAACACUUAAACCGAAUAGAAGGACUACAGCAAGAGGUGGAACGUUUGAAUAAAAUAUUGGAGGGGAAGGAUGCCACAAUAUUGGCACUUCAGAAUAAUGCUGAAUUAUCUGCCUCUCAGCCAAUGAAUUCUAACAUUGGAAAAAGCAUGCACGAGGAUGUAGCCCUGGAGAUAAAGCAAAUGAAAGAAAAGAAUGAAGAAUUACAAAGGUCAUUCAGGGAAAAAGACCUUCUCAUCAAAUCAAAAAGUGACCAGUUGUCAUCAGUGACAGGAUCCUUGAGGAACAAGGAUAAUGAAAAUGAAGUUUUAAAGCAGGCGGUCACUAAUCUGAAAGAAAGGAUUUUGCUUUUGCAGUUGGACGUUCAGAAGGCUCAAGAGGAGAAUGACCAAAUUAUGGCCAAGUCAAGGGAAAAGGAAACUGAAUUUCGAGCCCUACAGGAAACUAAUAUGCAAUUCUCCAUGAUGUUGAAAGAAAAAGAGUUUGAAUCAAAUUCUAUGAGAGAAAAAGCUUCUGCAUUAGAAAAGUUGUUAAAGGAGAAAGAAGCGGGGAAGACUGGCGAGUUAAAUCAGCUGCUUAAUGAAGUGAAAUCAAUGCAGGAGCAAGCAGGCAUGUUUCAGCAUGAGAGAGACCAAGUUAUGCUGGCCCUCAAGCAGAAGCAAAUGGAAGCCACUGCAUUAGUGAAUGAGUUGCAGCAUAUGCGUGAUAAGGAGCAGCGUCUGAGCCAGGAGUUGCAGCGACUGCGAAACCACUUAAUUGAGAUAGAAGAAUCAUACACCAAAGAGGCCUUGACAGCUGAGGACCGAGAGACUGAGCUGAGGAGGAAGAUAACCUUUUUGGAGGAAACGUUGGCAUCCUCGUCUUGCGCUGUGGAAAGUGCAAGCCACCAAGCCAGUCUUCAAGUGGAGUCUUUGCAAGAACAACUUCAGGCCAUCACGAAGCAGCGAGAUGAUGCGAUGGUGCAGUUACGUGCCGCUCAAGAACAAGUAAAGCAGUAUGCAAUGUCGCUGACCAACCUGCAGAUGGUGAUAGAGCAAUUUCAACAGGAGGAGAAAGCGAUGUAUGCAACUGAGCUGGAGAAAUAUCAGAAGGAAAUUUCAGAGUGGAAAAAGAAAGCAUUAAGUCUUGAGAAAAGAGUCACAGAAUUAGAGGAGCGCUUGAAGGAAGCGAAUGAUGCUUUGGAUUCUGCAUCAAGACUAACUGAGCAGUUGGAUCUCAAAGAGGAACAGAUUGAAGAUCUUAAAAAACAAGUUGAGUCUCAAAAUGAUAUGUUGGAUGAUGCGCAGAGAAAAUUAUUAAACCUGGUCAACAACAAUGAAGGAAAAAUUGACAAGGUUUUGAUAAGAAAUUUGUUUGUGAGUUACUUCCAUACUCCAAAAAACAAGCGCAAUGAAGCAAUGCGGAUGAUGGGAAGUGUUCUGGGGAUAAAGAAAGAAGAGAUUAGUCAGCUCAUGGAUAGUGAAUUUCGUGGUGUUACUGGAUGGGUCACUAGUUGGCUUGGUGGCAGAUCUAGUGGAACCCAAAGUGUACCAAGUACCCCGCAAAGGCCAAACCAGCAGACAAUCUUCAACAGUUCUUUCUCAGAAAUGUUUGUAAAGUUCCUGGAAGUAGAAUCUCGUCCUUCUCCUCCACCACCAAAGCUUCCAAUUUAUGAUAUACAUCCGCUUGGGCCCGCACCUGCAGCCAACCAGCAAACCAGCAGCCUUCCUGGUCACACAGCAGGCACAGCUGGAGCAGGUCCAGUGAAAAAAUCAGAAUCCAGUUCCUUCUUGGCUCCACGAUCUGCUGCUGUGCCUCUCAUUACCUCAGCUGUUGCCAGUUCUACUGGGUCCUCGCAUCUCCUCAUGAAACCAAUCUCCAGUGCCCUUCCCACUUUCACGCCUCUGCCAGUGUCACCAGAUUCCAGUGCCGGCACUGUCCUUAAAGAUCUCCUCAAGCAAUAAAAAAAACUGGAGCAAUCCACUACAGCACUUUAAAGUGAAAACUUACACUAUAGACUAUAGCACAAGAGGGAUUUUGUGCAGUGUACACAGAGCUCCCUGAAAAAUAUUUACAUAUUGUAAGCAUGCAUCUUUCAAUUUGACAUGCUAAGUCCAUGAAAGUUGCAAUCCUGUUAGGGAAUAAUUUCACCCCUUUCCAAAAAGCUAAUUAUAAUUACUUGAUAUCAAGUAUGCAAGGUGAGCUUUUUGUUUUGCUAAAUGCAGAUACUGUAUAUUUGGCACUUAAUCAAGAGGCAGAACUUAAAAAAAGAAAUUCACAGAGGCACAGAAUUGUCUGUCCUAAUGGGACCUGCAUAUUUGCAAGCUAUAAUGGAUUUUCAUAAUGCCUUCCACAGGAGGAUUAAAGUAAGGCCUCUGAAGCACAAAGUUCCAAAGAAAUAAAAUAGCAGUGUUGUGUACAUGAAGUUUAUUAAAUGCAGACUCUUUCAAGUUAUUGUUUUUUCAGUUGUACCUUCCAUGGUAUAAAAACAAUUAUUUUUUGACACUGCCUGUAACUGCAUAACUGCAUAUCUGAAGUGGCUUUAGUGGUGAGCAAGAUUUCCUGUGGUUUAUUUAUGCUGAGUUUUGAGAAGAAAUUGAAAACUGUUCCCCUGCCACUUUCCCAUCCAUUCCGCGUUCUUGCUUUAGAGGGUUCAAGUUUUAUUUAUGCUGAAUUACCUUAAUUUAAGAAAAUGGUGUCUGCUAUAGUGUCUUAAUCAGAAUAUAAAGUGAAAACAUUGGUUACAGUAUGUUUGCAAAACUAACUCCAUUAGAGUAAAUCCAAAUUAAAAUCAUUGACUGUCUUCCAUGAUUGUAAGCAGGCCUUGUUACCAAUCUUCAUUCUUUAUUUUAUUGUAGAACCCAUCAGAAACUUGAUUGCAACCUUGAGAUUAAUUUAUUCUUAAUGAUGGAAUCCUCUUUCCUAUUCACUGUUCAGUAUAGUGAAUUUUGCUUUGAGCUUAAAGCAAAUGCCACAAAGGAACAGUAGACUGUCAUUUGCCUUUAAGGAUGUAGGAAAUUUCACUGAAAACUAAAACUGAGACUCUUGCAGACACUUCUGCAUAGUAACACUCUAGUCUAUUUUGGUCAAGCCUGCAAAGUAUAACCUUUGUCUGUCUGAUGCUGGCUAGUGCCAAGGAAUCUGUUAUUUGUAUGUAAAGGCAGUGAUCUAAAAGUUUUUGUAUUAUAUUUCAGUUGUAAUAAUUUGUACAAUUCUGGAAUUUGGGCUUUUGAAUUGCUGCAGGACUUUCUGUUAAAUUAUUCUACUUGCAGCUCACUGUAUCAGUGAGAGUGAAACAACAGCUAACAGCCUGCAACACAUUUCUUUGUAUAAAUUGUUUGUCUUUACCAUCCAACAACUGGUUUUUCAUCUGGCAUAUGCCUGCAGAUUUAUAAGGUACAGCCUUCUAAGUUCUAAAUUAUCCAUAAUCUAAUAGCUGAGUUGGUUAUUGUAUAAUAUUGUAUUAGCUGAAAAAUGCUGUUCUUGAAUAUAUUAAAAUCCUUUAUAGUAAACUGUUUUUAUUUCCCAGAAAAUUGUUCAGGUUACUUAUUACUAUGAUUUGAAGAUUUGUGUACAUAUCAAAAUGCAAACUUAUUAAAGGUUAUGAUUAGUCUUCUGCA